UGCGUCUCAUUCCUCCCACGUCUUCGCACCACGCUGAGCUUCCGACACUAGUGGUUUUCGCGCGCUUUUCGCGAACACUUGCCUUUGUCGGGUUUGAACUACGACGUACGCCGACAGUUUCAGUGACUUCAGAACAACCGCGUUCCUGUGACUUUUUUUUCAAUUAAGUGAUUUUCUACUCUUUAAUACGAAUGUUUGCCUCAAGAUGUCAGUUGUGUUUAUUCUUCUAAUUUUUAAUAUUAUUGGAUCACUGAGAGCCCGCCAGCCGGACAUAGACAUCAACAGAAUAAAACUUUUACCGAAAGAAGGAUUUCACAGUCGACCUACAAAUUAUCGCAACCUACCAGCAAAUUAUCACAGUCGUCGUUCGAUAAUAACCGAUCACUACCGAAGAAAUGAUUAUGACAAUUAUAGCAGCCGGUUCACCGAGUUACGGCCGCCGCUGCACAUUCGGUACGAUGCCCCAUCACUUACCGAAGAGAAGACGGGUAAAAUAUACCAACCAAGAGAAGACCCGCGGCUCUUCUAUCAGUCUGAUGCAUAUAUUAAAGAAACUAAUCGGAAGAACUUGAACAAUGAAGUGUCGUCCGUCUACAUAGGACGUGGAGUUGUGCGAGCAGGCGAAGUAAGCCGCAGACGAUCGCUGCCAAUUCGUUUGAGAGAUAAUGAGUCUAACAACAUCGAUGAAGAUAUCUGCGUGCGAUGCCCCCCUGACAGAACAUUGAUUACCAGGCCAGGUGCUGAUCGUGCCAAGUUACAAUAUCCUCGGAUAUUCUCAUGUUCGGGAAGGAAAGCUUCGAGGCACGUACGUUUCGUUCACAUGUUCGGGCCUAAAUUCGGCUCUCUACUGAAAGAGGGCUCCCACAUGGUUGUCGGUCGAAUCAUGCAUAAAGACGAAAUUCUUCAAACAUGCAAAAUGCAGAUACAUGUCCUGGUACAGACUUGUGUCGUGCCCAAAUAUUUAGUGCCACAUUGCGAUGCUGAAAAUAAAGCUUGCAACUUUACGUGCCGAGACCCGAAAGCUGAAAUGCGAGGACAAAGAACACUGACAUGUGGUGACGACAUGAAGUGGUCGGGACACUUGCCUGCUUGUAAUGCUCGCUCGUGGUGUCGCCCCCCGCCUCCCCCCGAGCACGGGAGAGUCAGCUGCAAGGGCGUGACGUCACCAAACGGCUGGGGGCUCAACGAAGGCUCCAGCUGCCGAGUGAGAUGCGCUCGCGGAUGGAAAUGGAGCUCUCGGUCUAUGGCCGUGUGUAGGCGCGGCUCUUGGACUUACGAUCUAGGAUGUCUGCCGAAGCAGACCAAAUAGUCGUGUAGCCAUACUUUUAACUGGGAGAGGGAAAUUCUUAUGUACUACGGUUAUUCCAUUUUUUACUUACCUAAGUCAAAAUCCAAGCUAUAUGCGACGUGAUCUUAUCUAUCGCGGUAAUAACAUACCUCUAACAUAACAUAGCUUUUUUGAUGUUCUUGUUUCACUCUGAAAGUUCUUGCGGUUUGGUUAAUCAUAAAAAAUAGUUGAAUUUUCCGCUACCAGUUGAAGCAUCACUUGAUUGUGAUUAUUAUGUAUAAGUAAAAAUAGUAAUAGUAUUAAUUAGGUAGUAAUAUUUACUAGUAGGUAAUAUUAUUUACUUAGGUAGGUACUUUUUCUAUGAUGUUUGUAAUCUUACUCAACAGUUCGUACCAUUGAUUGCUGUGUCGAGAUCGAAAAUGCUGAAUGAAAGUGCUGUAUAGGUACAUUUGCCUUGCAUCAGCAUCAGAGACACCCAGUUGAUCAGCUGGUUCAUACUCUGCAUAAUGUCUCCGUAAAAACAAAUAGUUGUCCAACAGUCAUUACUUCUGCCUGUGACUACAAUUGAGUGGUGGGAAAAUCAACCGAUAACGGCAACAAUUUUGUCAUCAUUGCCAACAGGACGAACAGUGUUAAUAAUCGUAAUAUGUGGUUUAUUCACCAACUGGACAUAAGGGACUGGAUACAAGUGUGUCCAGUUGGUCAAGGCUGAUUGAAUUUCCUUCAUAUGGUAGUUUUAUUUAUUUUUUAUUUAUUUGCUUAAAUCAGACUACAAAUGCCUAUAGAAAAUACUAUUCAUAAAUAUUAUAACAUCAAAUCAUAUACUAAUACUCAUCUUUUAUAAACAACUUAAAACUAAUGCACACGAAGUUCGUGUUACGCUGCGAGGUGUCGCGUAGCCAACCUCCGAUAGACGACACCCUUCGGCCAAAACUCUUCCUUGAGGAAUGUCUCGCACCAUGAACGAAUUGAAGUUGGUAUUGUGGCGCUCUCUCUCUAUCCAAAGUCUAUCCAGUUGUAGUUCAUAUUAUUGCCGACACUGAGAACUGACAGCUCCGAUAGAAGAACAUAACAGCUCGUCGAUGCACAUGCAUAUGUGGGCCACAUUGUUACGAUCCUUAGAAGCAGCUUCAGAACUGUUUAAAAGAGGAUAUACAUUAAACAGUGCUAAAAACGUCAUUGCAUUUAAGCUUGAAAAAUACUUUUCAUGAAAUCGAGGCUAUCUUGAACCUGACUGCACUAUGUUUGCAAAAAAAAAAAUUGUUGUGGCCAGUGGGUGAACAUAUAAAAGUGAUAUAAUUUAAGUUUCACCAAGUAGCAAGCAAUAAAAAUCUUGGCGUGUCCAGAUGACUAAAUAAUAAGUGAUACUUAUUUUGAGUGUCACCAACUGGACACACGUGUGUCCGGUCUCUUGUGUGCAGUUAAUGAAUAACCCUAAUAUGUGACACAAACGAUAAUAUUAUCCCGAAUCGGGAAACCCGAAUACGUUUCGGUAGUUAUAUAUAAUAGAUAAGAGAGUCUUGCACAGUUCAUUGUAUUAUCGGAUCCCGACGUAACGAGACCUUCCUAGUACCUACAUAUAUCGUGUGCGUAGAUUGAACAUUUGUGUGUAAUUGUAAAAAUGAAGAACAAGUUAAUUUUCAUCGGAAUUAUUUGUAUGAUUGCUACGGCAACAUCAACGGAUUGUCCCUCAACGAAAAUUUCAUUCGUGAUAAAACAGGGCCAGUGUUAUAAUUACGAAAGUGGUACCGUUAGUCACAGCACUUCUAUUGUGAAAGAUCCGUACAAGAUAAAUCUCUUUAUGGACAAUUUAUUACCUUUUUGUGAAACUGAAAUUUGCGGAGAUGGUCGACAUCAUUUAUUUUGUACAACAUCCGGGUCUAGCAGUGGUGAUUGUAUUUCUGGCAAUGCGAUCGAAAACUUUGAGAGGAUGUAUGCCGGCAGGGUGGACAGCGUGGCUAUAAAAUACAACACCUUGGCGGUUGUACCUGCACUUGUACGUGAACUCAUACAUGAAUUCACGACUGAAGAUCGGUCGAUAAAGCUAUCUGAGCAUCGUAAUCACAAGGGUGAAAGCUUGACGAUACAUACGAAGAAAGGACAAUGUGUUAAUCUACCUACAGAAUGGCAGAUGCGAGUGUCGUCGUAUGGAUCGAAAAAUCCAGCAAGAUUUUAUACCGGUGAAAAUUGCACUGGUCAUUCAGUUGUUGCCUGUCGUGAAUUUGCGGACACUGGGUUUUGGGCAGAUUUAGACAAUUUAUGGGGACUGUUAUGCUCCACAGAUCGUAUGAAUGACAAUACUCGAUCAUUCAAGUUUGAAUAAAAAUGAGUGUGUAUAAUACAUUUUUCUAUUAAAUUAAACACAUGUCCAUUUAUUACACCAUAUGUAAACCACGUCACUAUGCAGACAAGGAACUCUUGCGCAGCUUAGCUAUGUAUCAAACAAUCCAAUAUAUAAAUCAUCAUCAAAUUAAAGUUACUGUUGUUUGUUAGGCGCGGCUCUUGGACGUACGUCUGUCGAAGCGGACCAAAUAGUCGUGUAGCCAUACUUUUAACUGUUCACUGUGAAAAUUCUAAUACAAAAGUGUUUUUUCGAUGUAUUACUUAUUUGCGGCGUGAUCUUAUUGAUUGCGGUGAUAACAUAGCUCAAAGUAUUUUUGGAUGUCCUUGUUUAACUCAUCAAAAAAUAUUUAUAAUUACUAUAAUAUAAGUAACAAUAAUAUAAAUAAAUUACUAUUAGGUAUCUCUCCACUGAUAUGAUCAUAAAUAGGUAUUGUAAUAAGAUAAGUCUCUAUAACAAAUAAACUUUAAUUUAAGAAUGAUCUGCAUGAUAUCGAUAAAUAAGUACAAUUAACAUAACAAAAUGUAUUUUAUAUUGCAAUAAACAUAUCCAUUGUU